GUGUUUGCUCAGCGCGCGACAGUGUCGUGGGUGAUUUCUCUGGCGCUAGGGGCGGGAUGGCCCAAACCCUGUGCGCCAGCUGAGGCGGGGACCCAGAUGGGCGUGGGGUCCUAGUCACAGGUGCCACGCACCCGCCGGUAUCCUGUCCUCUCUGGCUCCUGUCACGGGGUGUGUCUACGGCUCAGGGGUUCCCGGGACAGCGAGUCUGAGCAGCUGAGGGGCCAAGAGGCAGCGCCCCCUUCUGCUCACCUGAAUGCAGGUGAGAUGCGGAGGGUACCCUGUAUACACCCGCCUGCAGCGGGGCUGCCAUUGCCUGGCCGCCGGAGGAGGAAGAAUUCCCCUGGGUUUGGUGUGUAGGUCAUGGGCCAGCAGGGGCGCGGGUAGAGGAGCCAGUCUGGGUCCUAUUGGAUAGGUCGACCUGGGAUGCAAGAGAACGUGGGGCAGCACAGUGGUGAACCAGUCUUGGGGCGAGAGGGACGGGACGCAGGGCUAGGUCAAUACAGUGCUAGGGGAUGGGGAACUUGAGUGUGGAUCAUCAUGGGACCAGAAGGUGAAAGGCUAUGUUGACCAGAUCACCCGAUCACCGAGAGGUUGAGGAUGGGUACCCGAUGACCCUCGAGACAGCUUCGCUGAAAGUGAGGAGUGGUGUCAAGCCCAGCUGCCCCGUGUUGGCCCCAGGGACACUCCUGGCAUCCAGAUUAAGAUCAUGACUCCUGUGAGCAACCAUGGCGUUGCGGAGAGCAUUUUUGACCUGGACUAUGCUUCCUGGAAGAUUCGAUCAACUCUAGCAGUAGCUGGCUUUGUCUUCUACCUGGGCGUCUUUGUGGUCUGCCACCAGCUUUCGUCCUCCCUGAAUGCCACCUACCGCUCUCUGUUGGCCAAAGAGAAGGUCUUCUGGAACCUGGCUGCGACGCGCGCUGUCUUCGGCAUCCAGAGCACAGCCGCAGGCCUGUGGGCGCUGCUGGGAGACCCCGUGCUCUACUCUAACAAGGCUCUCGGGCAGCAGAACUGGUGCUGGUUCCACAUCACCACUGCCACGGGAUUCUUCUUCUUCGAGAAUGCGGCCGUUCACCUGUCCAACCUGUUCUUCCGUACUUUUGACCUGUUUCUGGUCGUCCACCACCUCUUUGCCUUUCUUGGGUUCCUUGGGUCAGCGGUCAAUCUCAGAGCUGGCCACUACCUAGCCAUGACCACUUUGCUCCUAGAGAUGAGCACGCCCUUCACCUGCGUUUCCUGGAUGCUCCUGAAGGCUGGCUGGUCACACUCCCUGUUCUGGAAGGUGAACCAGUGGCUGAUGAUCCACAUGUUUCACUGCAGAAUGAUCCUUACCUACCACAUGUGGUGGGUGUGCUUCCAGCACUGGGACGCCCUCGCCAGCAGCCUGUACCUGCCCCACUUGGCGCUGUUCCUCUUCGGGCUGGCCCUGCUCACAGUCAUCAUUAACCCUUACUGGACACACAAGAAGACCCAGCAGCUUCUCAAUCCCGUGGAUUGGAACUUUGCACAGCCGGAAGCCAAGGGCGACCGGCAAGAAAGGACCAAUGGCCAGGUGCCUCGGAAAAAGAGGCUGUAGCGCCCACCCAGGGACCCCGGUGGCUGGCGACGCCAGUCGGCGAGCCGCGGUCACACGGACAGUGACUUUUCACGUACGGAUGUGGACGAGAGUGAGUUUGGAUCUAGGUGACUACUAACUUGUUCUUUAGUACUAAUUCUAAAGUACCCAUGAAGUAUUGUUGGGGCCUUGACGUGCCUGCAAGAGGUCUUUGCCAUCAUGACCUUCCUCCGAGUCCUCCGGCCCGGGCCCAACCACAGCCUAUCUGCCAAGGUGGUGUUAGGGAAGGAGCUGUGGCGGCCACGUGUGCAGGCAGCCGAGGAGGCCAGUCUGGAUCCCCGAGAGGAUUCAUUAGGAAGGACCCCCGCGUGGGUGUGGACGUGCCUUAUUUGGAAGUCACGUACUUUUUCGUUGCAACGAAUCGACCCUAAGAAAAUGUUUACUAGCAUGUGGGAUUUUUUUUUAAGCCCGCGGCCAUGCACUGCCCUCUGGUGGCCAGAGGCGGAAGGACACAGUUAUGGUAAGGGGCUCUUGGUGGUGGCUUACUAGAGUCUGUCCACCCUUCCUGGCGCCGUGGCGGUGUGAAAUCUUGUACUUCAAAAACAACAACAAUAACCACAAAACCCAAGGAACCUAAUAACCUCUUUUUUAAAUGAGAAUUUUUAGUGAUGUAUUUCUUAAUUGACAGAAUAAGGUGUCUGGAUCUUUGAGCUAUUUCUAAUUGACCGAAGUGGCUACCCUGCUCUGUCUUUCCCCUCUAGGCUGUGAGGGGGUCCUACACUCAGAGAUGCUCGUCCUGAGUUGCUAGGGCCCAGAUGAUGAGCACUGUUUGCGGGUUAGACCUCCAGACCCUGGCCAGCAAUGCUCUCGGUGGACACAAAAACUUUUCCCAGAGAACAAUUGUACAGGGUUUUUUGUUUUGUUUUGUUUUGUUUUUGUCAAAACUACCUGUGAAAUGGUGGUUGCUCUUGAAAAUCAUGUGUGACUUCCGCCUGCCAUGGAUUGCCGGCCUUGGCAUAUUUUGCGUGUUAGCCCUUUAACUUUUAUCAGGAUGUAUGACGCCUAUUUAUUUCGGUCUAAGAAAGCCCUUACCUUGCGUUCCUAAGAUUAUCAACUGAAAACCCCAUAGCCCCCAGGUCUGCUUUGUCGAGGCUCCAGCCUGGCGGUUUUUAACUGGGCAGAAGUUUAAUAAAACGACAGCUCUUUCCAAAACCCAAA